AUGUUGCCAAUCAAGUCUCUCAUUUCUGCUGCUGUCUUGCUUGCAAGCGGAGCCUACUCCCUCGAUCUUUCUUCCACUAACAACGUUGCCUUGUACUGGGGCCAAAACGGUUUUGGUGGUCAAGAAUCCUUAGCCACCUACUGUCAAGAAACCGACCUUGAUGUUGUCAACUUGGCUUUCUUGAACGAUUUCCCAGAUCCACUCAACUUGAACUUGGCCAAUGCCUGUGGAACUACUUUCCCAAGUGGAUUGUUGCACUGUCCUCCAAUCGGUGAAGACAUCAAGACCUGUCAAUCUCUCGGUAAGAAGGUCUUGUUGUCCUUAGGUGGACAAUACGGUAACUACGGUUUCCAAUCCACUGAUGAUGCCACCUCUUUCGCCACUACCUUGUGGAACAAGUUUGGUGCCGGUACCGAUGAUGAAAGACCAUUUGACGAUGCUGUUGUCGAUGGUUUCGACUUCGACGUUGAAAACGGAAACAACGUUGGCUACGUCGAAUUGGCUACUGAAUUGAAGACCUUGUUCGCUUCCGACGCUUCCAAGACCUACUACUUGUCUGCUGCUCCACAGUGUGUCUUCCCAGAUGCUGGUGCCAAUGACUUGUUGUCCCUGGGACUUCUUGACUUUGCUUUCAUUCAAUUCUACAACAACCCUUGUGGAUUGGACGGUGACUUCAACUAUGACACCUGGUCUCAAUUUGCUCAAUCUAUUUCUGCCAACCUCAAAUUGUUUGUUGGUUUGCCAGCUUCUCCAGACGCUGCUAACUACGUAGACCCAGCCACCAUCAAGACUGUUCUCGACCAAAUCGUAUGUGACCCAACUUUUGCCGGUGUCUCUUUGUGGGAUGCUUCUGGUGCUUGGGCCAACGUUGAUGCUGCUGGUAACAACUUUGUUGUUCAAGUCAAGGAUGUAUUGAACGCCCUCUCUUGUCCAGCUCCAUCUUCUUCGUCUGAAGUUGCUUCUUCUUCUGUUGCAACCAGCUCUGUUGUGGAAUCCUCUGCUGUCUACGAAAACUCUACUAUUGCUUCUGUUACCUCCGAAGCUGCUGGUGCCACUGUCACUGACAUUCACACCACUGUCAUCACCAUCACUAGCUGUGACGAAAACAAGUGUGUUGCUAGCCCUGUUACUACCGGUUACGUCGUUGUCACCGACCUCUACACUUCUUACACUACUUACUGUCCUUUGACC